AUGGCUGAAAUCGAGAUCCCAAAGAAACAAAAAGCCGUCAUCUACGACAAUCCUGGUACCAUCUCUACCAGAGUGGUAGAGCUCGAUGUCCCUGAACCCGGUGUGGGACAAGUGUUGAUUAAUCUGACCAACUCGGGAAUAUGCCACUCCGAUUUUGGUAUUAUGACCAACACCUGGAAGAUUCUCCCAUAUCCCACUCAGCCUGGACAGGUGGGCGGCCACGAAGGAGUCGGCAAGGUCGUCAAGCUCGGUCCUGGUGCCGAGUCUUCUGGUCUGAAGAUCGGUGACAGAGUCGGGGUCAAGUGGAUUGCUAGUGCCUGUUUAAACUGCUUGCCAUGCCAAGCGGGCUCAGAUGGACUCUGCUUCUCCAAGAAGAUCUCAGGAUACUAUACUCCCGGUACAUUCCAGCAGUAUACUUUAGGCCCAGCCAACUAUGUGACACCGAUCCCCGACGGGCUGGCGUCGGAGGAGGCAGCUCCCAUGCUCUGCGCAGGGGUGACGGUCUACGCCGCUCUCAAGAGAAGCAAAGCGCAGCCUGGACAGUGGGUGAUCAUUUCUGGUGCCGGCGGUGGCUUAGGCCACAUUGCCGUGCAACUUGCCGCCAAGGCAAUGGGUCUCCGCGUGAUUGGAAUCGACCACGGCAGCAAAGAAGAGCUGGUCAAGGAGUCCGGCACAGAGCAUUUUGUGGACAUCACCAAGUUCCCCACCGAUGACAAGGGGGAAGCCAUUACGGCUCAUGUCAAGUCCCUCACCGAUGGGCUGGGAGCCCAUGCUGCCCUGGUCUGCACGGCCUCCAAUGCAGCGUAUGCCCAGGCAAUUGGGCUCCUCCGGUUCAACGGCACUCUCGUAUGCGUGGGGAUUCCCGAGAAUGACCUCCAGCCUAUUGCAACCGCGUUCCCCGGGGCGAUGAUCGCCAACCACAUCACCAUCACUGGAUCCGCCGUGGGCACUCGGGCGGAUGCCGUUGAGACGUUGGAUUUUGCCGCACGGGGCAUUAUUAAGGCCCACGUCCGAACGGAGAAGAUGGAUGCCUUGACGAGUAUCUUUGACGACAUGCACCAUGGUAAGCUACAGGGCAGAGUAGUUCUGGACCUGUCUUAG